AUGCUAGCAAUUGGGCCCUCCAUGCAGCAGCAUAGUCCCACACCCCCGGGCUCACAGCAGCACCCACAGCAGCAGCAGCAGCAACCAUCCUCCACCAACCCUUCCCCCCAUCCUCCGUCAUAUCAAUUUGCUCAUCCACCUCCUUCUUCUCAUCCGCACUCCUAUCCGCCGUCGUCUGCUUCGUCGAUAUCUGCGACAAAUCCGCUCAUCGCAGCAUCCGGUUCAACACACGGUACCCCCUACAUUCAUCAUCAACAACUUCCUACAACAUCAUCCUCAUCGUCGCCAAAUCUCAGCAAUUCUUCUAUACCGCAUGCUGCCAUCCCUCACUCAUCUUUCAACUCCUUAGGUCCCGGAAAUGUUUCACCAUUGCCUCCGACUAAUGGAUUCGCGAAUCAAUCAUCUACAAGAUCCACACCCGUGCCAGAUCCUUCACUCGCCUCUCCCAUCAAAUCCCAGACACCAAAUCCUCCGACAGCCACCUCAUCGCCUAAACUUUCGGUCGAGGAGUUGAAAGCUAGGGCGAAAUCGAAGGGCAAACAGCCGGCAUCUGCGAGGCACUCGCCUGUCCUUAAAGAGGAGGAUGCAGCCGACGAUGCAGCCGACAAGUCUGACGGUGGAAGCUCCUCAAAUUCUCCUAAUAAUUCUCCGAAGAAGCUGUCUAAGAAGAGGCCAACCCAAAAAGAGCUUCUCCUUGAUCAAUAUGUCAACCGGGACUUGCUCCAUGCGGCUGCUCUAUCAUCCCAAUCACACGCUCAUCUCGACUUAAUACGGUCAAAACGCCGUGAAAUCGAAUCGUAUAAGUUACUACGGGAAGAAAGGAGAGCCAAUCCAGCGUCGGUCUUCGGUUACGGAUAUCAGGGUUAUGGGAACGCGUUCACAGAUGGAAAAACGAGAAUAUUGUAUCCUGUAGAAAGGAAACGACCUGGUGGCAGGAGAGCGAGAGAGUUGCAAAUAAGCCGCUCAGCUAUGAAGCAGCAGGCUGAAACAACGGACGACUUAUUGCCAAUCCGAUUAGACGUCCAUCAUGACAAGAUACGGCUACGAGAUACGUUUUUGUGGAACUUGCACGAGCGAUGCAUACCGAUCGAGCUAUUUGCAGAACAUCUAGUAGAAGAUUACCAUCUUCCGAUCUCGCACGGUCUGGUUGCCGCUAUCUCAAAGCAGAUUGUGGAUCAAGUUACCGACUAUCAUCCUCACAUUUUCCUCGAAGAUACCGCGUUAGACCCUCAGCUGCCAUAUUCUGCCUACAAGAAUGACGAUAUGAGGAUCCUGAUCAAAAUUAACGUUACAAUCGGAGAACAUACACUGACUGACCAAUUCGAGUGGGACGUCAAUUGCCCGGAGAACUCACCUGAAGAAUUCGCACAAUGCCUUACUAGGGAAAUGUCGCUUUCCGGGGAGUUUGCGACGGCGAUUGCCCAUCAGAUUCGGGAGCAGUCGCAGCUUUAUACGAAGUAUUUGUACUUUGUAGGGUAUCCCUUCGAUGGACGGCCGAUUGAAGAUGAGGAUCUGAGGAGCUCGGUUUUGCCUUCCCCCUUGAACUCAGUAUUACGGCCGGCACAGCAGGUGAGGGAGUUCACCCCUCAACUAUGGAUCAUACCAGAGCUAGAGCUUGAACAACAAGAGCGGAAACAAUCGCGAGAAGCCCGGAAGAACAAGCGGCGACUGAAUAGACGUGGUGGACCUGCCCUCCCUGAUCUCAAAGAUGUUCCCAAAACUCGACGGACCCAAAUUGUAUCGACAAUCCUUCCCGGAGCAGUUGAAAAGGCAUCGGAUAUGAAAAUCUAUAAGGAUAAGAUUCCCGGAGAGUCUGAAUCCGAAUCUGAGGAUUCUGAACCACCAUCGCCACAGCAGACGCCGCACCUCCUCUCGACGAUGACAAGGCGACAGCGUACUGCCGCUGUCGCAGCAGCGUCCGCAUUGAGAAACUCGGCAGCCCGAAGUGCUACGCCCGAAGUAAGCGGCGACUUCCACACACCGACACGCCACGUUCGGAGCAGUGCGCCGCAGUGGGAGCGAAGGCCGCAUUGCCCACCGGGAGCAGAUUCGAUAGUUGUCAAACUAAAGAUCGACCGCUCCAAACUACAAGAGUUUGAGAAUCAGAUUAGUAUGAUGGCGAUGCAGCAUCAGAUGCAAUCGAGGUCUCAAGGUCGGGGUCCGCUGGCACAGCCUCCAAUAACCCCGCUCCAGGCAACCCCGGUUGGUAUGAUGUACAAUACACCAAGCGGCCCACCACCACCUGCUCCAGAUUUUGGAAUGAUGCUUGGCCCAGUCGGACAAACCAAUGUUCCCGCAUGGGUUGAAAAUGGACUUGCGGCCUUACGACAGUCGUAUCCCAGCGACCAGUUUGAGGGUAUCAUGAGGCAGGUUGUGAUCGAUACAACCACCGGAAUAUCGGUACCCCACACCACACCCAUGAUCCCCGGCCGACAUAUCACAGAUUACACACCAAGGAUCCGUUGUGUAGAUUGUCCUGGAAAAUUAUACACACCCGGCCCUAAUGAGACCGUCGAAAACUUCGAGAUCCAUCUAAGGAACCGAUUGCAUCGGGAGCGGGUUGAGGCUAGAAUAAGAGGACUCCCAUACCCAUCGUGA